UGUCGGUUAAAUCGCUGAGCAUUAUUCAGUUGUUUGUCGAGCUUCGGUGAUAGAGGAACCCCCUUGUCUUUGUCUCAGAUUCUAAAUUCCCAGAAGCAAAAUGGACUUGUACUACAGACCCGGAUCUGCGCCCUGUCGCUCUGUUCUGAUGACAGCCCAGGCCUUGGGUGUGGAGUUCGACAAGAAGGUCGUGAUCAACACCCGUGCCGGAGAGCAACUGAAGCCGGAGUACCUGAAGAUUAAUCCCCAGCAUACGAUCCCUACUCUUCAUGACAAUGGCUUCGCCUUGUGGGAGUCGCGAGCCAUUAUGGUUUACUUGGUUCAGAAGUAUGGCAAGGACGAUAAGCUUUACCCGAAGGAUGUCCAGAGACAGGCGCUGAUUAACCAGCGUCUGUACUUCGAUAUGGGCACUCUUUACAAGAGCUUUGCGGAGUACUAUUAUCCGCAGAUCUUCUUCAAGAAGCCAGCCGAUCCGGAGAACUACAAGAAGAUCGAGGUGGCCUUUGAGUUCCUAAACACCUUCCUGGAGGGUCAGACGUACUCGGCUGGCGAGGACUACAGCCUGGCGGACAUCGCCUUCCUGGCCACCGUUUCCACCUUUGAUGUGGCUGGCUUCGAUUUCAGGCGCUACUCCAAUGUGGCCAAGUGGUACGAGAAUGCCAAGAAGCUAACGCCCGGAUGGGAGACCAAUUGGGCUGGAUGCCUUGAAUUCCGCAAAUACUUCGACAACUAAAUCUUGUAGAAUUCUUCGAUUUAUUGCACUGCGUUCUUGGUUUCUUAAUAAUAAACAUCUAAGCUAGGCUGACUAAACUAAA